AAUUGUGACGCUUACUUGCUUGCUUUCUUCUUCCUAAUGCGAAAUUGUUGAACAGGUCCUCCGCCUGUUCAAAAGCUGACACUAAUUUGCAUUUACACUGCUUAACCUAGCGAUCGGAAUUUUGCUGCGAGAGGGCUUAGCAGGUAUUACCUCGAUCAAGCUGGAUGAGAUGCUUGGAGUAACGUUCACUUCAAGGGCGGCCCUUGAUGCUGACUCCCAACAACGAAUGGAAAGGAAGGACUUGAAGAGGGAAAAGGGAGCCAGGAAAGCGGAAGUUGGAAAAGAACAUCUCGGUACAGGCGACGGCUUGGUUACAUCUCUGACGAGUUCAGGCAGCUUAACGUUGGACCUUCCCAAGGCGGUUCUGCACAGCGACAGCCUUACGGCUGAUGUCGCACCUCAGCGGGAGGACUGGAUGACUCAGCCCAUACGCCCUGAGCGGGUCCAAGAACAGCACGACCGUCAGGACGAGGCCUUGCCGGCAGAGCCUGAGGUUGUGGCUGGCCUGCGUGUCAUGCGGAAGCAUAACCCGGAGGCUCUUGGAGGGAUGGGGGCGUCGGCGCCAGGGGCGGCCUUAGCAGCCACCAAUACAGCAGCUCUAGCUAGUGACAGCAGAAGCGGUAUGGCCUCCGGACGUACGGGAGCUAUGGUGGGCGAUGGUGGCGCCAGCUGGCGUCUUAAGGCUCUGAGGCGAGCACAGGAGCAGGCGCGGGCCGAGGGUCGUAACCUGCAGGAGGUGGUUGGCGAGCGGUGGGGCUCCCUGGCGGACCUUACCCAGGAGCUGUCCACCUUGGCUGCAGCAGAUGGCAGGGCGCACCUGCGGGCUGCCGCUGCUCGCCGGCGGGUGGGUGAGGAGGCCACUGCUGGGCCGGUGCCGCACUACCUGCAGGAUGUCCGCAGCGACAGCGCCAAGAUGUUGCGUCCCUCAGAGGACGCUUCCCUCAGCUGGAAGAGGGACCGACGAGACAGGGACAGGGGCCGUGGCGACGAGAGGUCCCGGCCUCGCGAUGGCGACCAAGGAGCCAACCGCCCCAAUGGUCAGGGUGGCGCACGCGGCACUGCUGGCGGCCGUGACGACCAUCGGCGGUCUGAACAUGGUCGCGAGCAGGAACAAAGGGCUGGCAAUGGAGGGCAUGGCCGGGAGCCGGAGCGAGAGGAGCAGCGGCCGGACCGUGACAGGGAGCAGGAGCAUGACCGCAGCAGGAGCUACGACCGGGGUCGUGACCGGAGGGAUGAUAGGGACAGGGACCGCGAAGGGGACCGCUCGGAAAGGGAGCGGGGUAGGGAGCGUGGCAGGCGCGACAGGACGGGCGAGGAGCGUGAGCGCCACGGUGAGCAGGGCCGCUUGCGUCCGUCUCGGGAGCAGGUGGCGGCGCUGCAGCAGCUGGCGGGGUCGCUCAACUCCUUUGCGGACGAUGGCUCCUUCAUGGCAAGGUUCGCGGCGAUGCAGGGAGAAGCGCAGGCAGCGCCAGCAAAGGCUGAACCUGCCUUUGACGGAGCAGGCAACAGGCCCGAUAGAAGCAGCGACGAGGGCAUCCGCAUCAAGCUGGAACCAGGUGCGGGACUCAGUGAUGCCGGCGCAGCAGACGGCGACGAAUUGUCGGUCCCACGGGUCGGUGGGACUGGGACGGGGCCUGGGAGCAGCGGUGGUGGCGGAGAGACUGGUGGUGCCGGCAACCGGGCAAUUGCAGCCAUGCUACGUGCAAAGGCAGGAGGCGGUGCUGCAGCAGCGUCAGCAGCUGCAGUUGCUGCUGGUGAGGUCGGAGCUGAGCCACACAGACGUGCUCCACUGUUCGUUGGCGACGCUGGUGCCGGCGCCGGCCCCAGCGGCCAGGCUCGCCCUUCCGCCGCGGCUCCCGCCCCCUCAGCUCCCGUGGCAGCCAACAAGAGCGCCGCCGAGCUGCUGCGGGCACGCCUCAAGGGCCUCCCACAGCCGCCGGCCCUGCAGCAGCAGCAGCAGCAGCCCGCGACUGGCGCUGCCCGCGAGGGGGCCGCUGAUGGUGGGGGUGCUGCUACUGAGGGGACACGGCGUGGCGUCGUGCGUGAGGAGGAGGAGAAGGAUGCGGGCGGCGCGGCUGCAGGUUCAGCGGCUGCGGGUGCCGGCCCCCGGCGCGAGGUGGUGCCGCUGCCUCUGGUAGACGAGCGGGGGCGGGCGGUGCGGGGGGCGUUUGGGCGCGAGGCGGCGGGCGCUGGGGCGGACCCGGGGGCGGGGCGGCGCGCGGGCACCAAGGCCCCGCAGCGCUACAACCGGCAGACCGGCGAGAAGGAGCGCUACUUUGCGGAUGAUGACAAGGUGGACCUGCAGACCAUGCUGCGUCGCGCCAAGUACGGCGAUGACGACAUGGACAUGGACGAGCACCUGGCGGCCAACAUCGCCAAGAAGCGCAAGUUCCGAGGCACGGAUCUGGAUGUGGACGCCGAGUACGACUACGACGGCGGGUUGGAGCUGUACGAGAGCCGCAGCAAGCGGGGCGGCGCGGAGGCGCAGCGCAACCGGGACCGCAGCCGGCAGGUGACGGAGCUGCGGCGGCAGCAGCGGGCGGAGGCGGGGUGCGCGCUGUGCCUAAACAACCCCAGCCGCCCCCCGCACCUCACCAUCUCCCUGGGCACCUGCACGCAGCUGCUGCUGCCCCCCCGCGGCCGCCUGCUGCGGGGGCACUGCUGCAUCGCGCCCGCGGAGCACGUGGCCUCCAUUCGCGGCCUGGAUGAGGCGGCCUGGACGGAGGUGAAGAACUUCAUAAAGUGCCUCAUCCGGAUGUACGGAGCGCAGGGCCAAUCGGUUCUGUUCAUGGAGACCUACAUGAUGCGCGGGGGCGCCAGGAACCACGCCGUACUGGACGCGGUGCCGGUUUCGGAGCGACAACUGGAGAAGGCCAGGGGCUACUUCAAGAAGGCUAUCCUGGAGGCGGAGAGCGAGUGGAGCACCCACCACGCCAAGGCAUGCAUAGAGACGUCCGCGCAAAAGGGUCUGCGGGAGUCCAUUCCGCCCAACUUCCCGUACUUUUACGUGCAGUUUGGGUAUGGGUCCGGCUACGUACACGUGAUUGACGACGAGUCGAAGUUCGACCCCAAUUUCGGCAGACAGGUGUUGAUCGGGCUGCUGGACCUGCCCCCCGAGCUGACCCACCAGCGCCAGCGCUCCGAGCCGCCCGCCACGCAGCAGCAGUGGCUGCGCGAGUUCCGCUCGCAGUGGGAGCCGUACGACUGGACCAAGCAGCUGGAGUAGAGGAGGGAGGGGGGUUGAGGAAAGGAGGGGAAGGAGGGAAAGGAGAGGGGUUGUGAUGUGGUGGUGUGGAGGGGGCGUGAUGUCACUGGGGUUGGAGGUCCUCUGCAUGACGUGUGUGCUCGGGUGAAGCAUGCACGGGGGUGCCUGGGUGGGGGCAUGUGGUGUUUAGAUAAGGUGCGGACGACACGGAAGUUUGCUGCCGUGGCGUAGCUGCCAGCCUGCUAACCCGUUCGGGCUGCAGCACGCCGUUGUGAGGUAUUUGGUUGCGCCUCAUGUUACGAGUUGCUCCUGUCGCUAUUCUGUCAAAUACAUCACCCCAUGAUGCCCUGGAUGUGUGUCGCUGAGGAGCCGUGGGGCAGACUUGAUACAUCGGUUUGUGGUGUUAAAUGUUGGUCGUACAUAAAUUGUACUGAAUGUUGAGGUUUGGAACCGUUCCUUUCUGUCGUACUUGUAGAUGACGUACAGCUGACUUCAACUCCGUUUCCUGUUGUGACCCGGUGUGGAACGGUACACACGUCUACGUGGCGCCGCGGUGGCGCCAGCAAAACAUGGAUGCAACACGAUUGGGAAGGAACAUGUCUAGGUGUGCGGCUGUGUGGAUACGUUUUCCGCUGCUGGGGCCGGGUAGGACAACACCAUCUGUCUGUCAGAUGGCGUGGAACGACACAACCCUUUGCCCAGCUGUACGGCAGUUUAAGAAAACACGUAGGCCGUUUGGGCGGGGUUUAUUCGUGCAUCGGAGUUACGUUGUUUAGCUUGUUGAGCAAACUAGGCAGGACUAGUUACGGUGCAUCCUAUCGUCACCAUGGACUGCCACUUACUAAGUGCCCUCACGUUUGACAUACCAUGAUUGCUGCAAGAGCCCUUGUUGUUGCCGUACAAUGCAAGUUGCCUAAAAAACGAAACGGGCCAAGGGCUAAGUUACGGUGCAUGACUUCUGUACAGCCAGCCAAUGAACGCC